UCUUCGCGCCACUUAACCCUCGCUUCACCAUGGUUCAAGCGGACUUUGACGUCGUCUAGUUCUAAAGAAGCGGUGCCUAACCUUACCGACGGCUGCUUCUACGUUAAUGCCUCCGACUGGGACGAAGAAGCCUUUCUGAUUCUUCUCAACAUCUUCCACCUCCGCAAACGCCAGAUCCCAAAGAUCAUGAGCGUUAAGAUGCUUGCGAAGAUCGCCGUGCUUGUUAACUAUUACGAGCUUGAGAAAGCAGAAGCCAUUAAGGAUUAUAUCAAUCAUGUAAGGCGUAGCUACGCGGUUCCAACCUCUUAUAGUCGAGACUUAGUGUUGUGGAUGUGCGUUUCGGCAGUUCUUAAUUUGUCAACAGAGUUCGAGAAGGCUACGGCUAUAGCGAUCCGGGAGAGCAUAGGGUCAAUCCAAACUUUAAGCCUUCCAAUCCCUCAGCGC